AUAAAAGCAAUGCAGUAGUAUUGCAUGCAUGAUGUACACUUAUAUACAUUUGAUUUCUAAUUUCUGAUUGACCUCACGUGGGCUGGACAGAGACGGACAAAGGGAUGGACAUGGCUCGGGGGUAGUAAAAAUGACUAGGUCUCUAGUGCAUCCUUGAUAUUUGGGAAUGAUUAGGGACACUUUCGGAUUCUUGAUUGUUGCUGUUUUCAUGAUUAAUAGAACCGUAGGAGGAAAGUCCACACAGGGACAAAGGUACAGUACACAAAAAUACACUCCUUGACACCGCCCCCCUCCAUCCCCCUCACCCCAACAGUCUCAUCUCAGAAGCAAAAGUGAAAGUAAAGUUAUUCCGAGAAAUCGCCCGUAUCUGAGAAGCUGACAAUGGCUCAUGACCACAGAGGUGACCAGAUGCAGACGCAGCCUCUUCUAAAAUAUUUUACUCUUGCACUUGGAAGCCCAUUUGGACUUUGUGAGGGUAUAGAGCAGAAAUUUCAGGAACUAAUACCAGGUCUGCAGAAUGUACAGAAGCCAGAGGACUGUGAUUUCAUUAUGGCUUUCUGCCCUGAUGUUGUUAUUGAAACAGCAGAGAAGAUGAUUAACAUCUUAACAGGUAACAAACCUGCAGUUCUGGUGGUGCUUCAUCACACGUUAAAUCCAGAGGAUAUUGUACCAGACAGCAGCAGAUCUGUAAAGAGACAGAAUACAAUCACAGUCGACUGUCGGUUCAAGGAAGGUCAGGGAUUACUGAGAUGUUCUCAAAAUGAUGAAGCACUGACUAAGGUUUUAAACUGGAUUGAGGACAUUUUGGAAAGGCCACCAAGAAAAAGUCCAACUUUAGAUCAGGACCAUCAGACUAAUCAGAUGUUGAUGCAUCCUCAUCUAAAUUACGUCACUCUAAUAACUGGAAACACAUUAGAAUAUCAUGUGGGCAUCGAGAGGAGACUUCAGGAAGAAAUACCACAUCUGAAUAAGGUGCAGAAUUUGAAAGAGUCUGAUUUCAUUCUGGUUUUCUGCCCUGUUGUUUCACGAGCUGGAACUGACAUUGAAGCAGCAGUGAAAAAUCUCAGUACCCAUGCAGGUAACAAACCUGCAGUUCUGGUGGUGCUUCAUCACACAUUUAAUCCAGAGCUUAUUGUCCCAGACAGCAGCAGAUGUGUAAAGAGACAGAAUACAAUCACAGUCGACUGUCUGUUCCGUGAAGGUCAGGGUUUACUGCCAUGUCUUAAAAACCAUGAAGCACUGUCCAAAAUUACAAACUGGCUAAAUCCUAAGAUUGAAGAAAAUCCUGAAAAGAUUGGCCCAACUGACAAACUCACUCAUGACCACAGAGGUGACCAGAUGCAGAAGCAGCCUCUUCUAAAAUAUUUUAAUCUUGCACUUGGAAGCCCAUUUGGACUUUGUGAGGGUAUAGAGCAGAAAUUUCAGGAACUAAUACCAGGUCUGCAGAAUGUACAGAAGCCAGAGGACUGUGAUUUCAUUAUGGCUUUCUGCCCUGAUGUUGUUAUUGAAACAGCAGAGAAGAUGAUUAACAUCUUAACAGGUAACAAACCUGCAGUUCUGGUGGUGCUUCAUCACACGUUAAAUCCAGAGGAUAUUGUACCAGACAGCAGCAGAUCUGUAAAGAGACAGAACACAAUCAUAGUCGACUGUCUGUUCAAUGAAGAUCAGGGAUUACUGAGAUGUUGUAAAAACAAUGAAGCACUGUCCAAAGUAACAAACUGGCUGCAUUCUGAGGCAUUACCAAAGAUAUGUAAGGGAAUUAUGUCUAAUAUUGAAGAAAAUCCUGAAAAGAUUGACCCAAUUGAAAAACUCAACUACAAGCAUACUGUCGCGCAGAAGAUGAAGCAUCCUCCUCUAACAUACUUUACUCUAAAAACUGGGAAGACAUUAGGCUAUGAUGUGGACAUAGAGAGGAAACUUCAGGAAGGAACAGGUCUGCAGAAAGUGAUGAAUUUGGAAGAGUCUGAUUUCAUUCUGGUUUUCUGCCCUGUUGUUUCACGAGCUGGAACAGACAUUGAAGCAGCAGUGAGGAAGCUCACUACCCAAGCAGGUAACAAACCUGCAGUUCUGGUGGUGCUUCAUCACACAUUUGAUCCAGAGGAUAUUGUACCAGACAGCAGCAGAUCUGUAAAGAGACGGAAUACAAUCACAGUCGACUGUCUGUUCCGUGAAGGUCAGGGUUUACUGCCAUGUCUUAAAAACCAUGAAGCACUGUCCAAAAUUACAAACUGGCUAAAUCCUAAGAUUGAAGAAAAUCCUGAAAAGAUUGGCCCAACUGACAAACUCACUCAUGACCACAGAGGUGACCAGAUGCAGAAGCAGCCUCUUCUAAAAUAUUUUAAUCUUGCACUUGGAAGCCCAUUUGGACUUUGUGAGGGUAUAGAGCAGAAAUUUCAGGAACUAAUACCAGGUCUGCAGAAUGUACAGAAGCCAGAGGACUGUGAUUUCAUUAUGGCUUUCUGCCCUGAUGUUGUUAUUGAAACAGCAGAGAAGAUGAUUAACAUCUUAACAGGUAACAAACCUGCAGUUCUGGUGGUGCUUCAUCACACGUUAAAUCCAGAGGAUAUUGUACCAGACAGCAGCAGAUCUGUAAAGAGACAGAACACAAUCAUAGUCGACUGUCUGUUCAAUGAAGAUCAGGGAUUACUGAGAUGUUGUAAAAACAAUGAAGCACUGUCCAAAGUAACAAACUGGCUGCAUUCUGAGGCAUUACCAAAGAUAUGUAAGGGAAUUAUGUCUAAUAUUGAAGAAAAUCCUGAAAAGAUUGACCCAAUUGAAAAACUCAACUACAAGCAUACUGUCGCGCAGAAGAUGAAGCAUCCUCCUCUAACAUACUUUACUCUAAAAACUGGGAAGACAUUAGGCUAUGAUGUGGACAUAGAGAGGAAACUUCAGGAAGGAACAGGUCUGCAGAAAGUGAUGAAUUUGGAAGAGUCUGAUUUCAUUCUGGUUUUCUGCCCUGUUGUUUCACGAGCUGGAACAGACAUUGAAGCAGCAGUGAGGAAGCUCACUACCCAAGCAGGUAACAAACCUGCAGUUCUGGUGGUGCUUCAUCACACAUUUGAUCCAGAGGAUAUUGUAUCAGACAGCAGCAGAUCUGUAAAGAGACGGAAUACAAUCACAGUCGACUGUCUGUUCCGUGAAGGUCAGGGUUUACUGCCAUGUCUUAAAAACCAUGAAGCACUGUCCAAAAUUACAAACUGGCUAAAUCCUAAGAUUGAAGAAAAUCCUGAAAAGAUUGGCCCAACUGACAAACUCAACUACAAGCAUACUGUCGCGCAGAAGAUGAAGCAUCCUCCUCUAACAUACUUUACUCUAAAAACUGGGAAGACAUUAGGCUAUGAUGUGGACAUAGAGAGGAAACUUCAGGAAGGAACAGGUCUGCAGAAAGUGAUGAAUUUGGAAGAGUCUGAUUUCAUUCUGGUUUUCUGCCCUGUUGUUUCACGAGCUGGAACAGACAUUGAAGCAGCAGUGAGGAAGCUCACUACCCAAGCAGGUAACAAACCUGCAGUUCUGGUGGUGCUUCAUCACACAUUUGAUCCAGAGGAUAUUGUAUCAGACAGCAGCAGAUCUGUAAAGAGACGGAAUACAAUCACAGUCGACUGUCUGUUCCAUGAAGGUCAGGGAUUACUGACAUGUUCUAAAAACCAUGAAGCACUGUCCAAAGUUACAAACUGGAUUGAGGAAAUUUCAGGAAGGAUACCAAGAAAACGUCCAAAUCAGGACCAUCCUGCUAAGCAGAUAAUGAAGGAUCCUCACCUAAAAUACUUCACUUUAGUAACUGGAAAGACAUUAGGACACCAUGUGGAUAUACAGAUGGAACUUCAUAAAGUGAUACUACAUCUACAGAAGGUGGUGAAUUUGGAAGAGUCUGAUUUCAUUCUGGUUUUCUGCCCUGUUGUUUCUCAAGCUGGAACUGACAUUGAAGCAGCAGUGAAGAAGCUCAGUACCCAAGCAGGUAACAAACCUGCAGUUCUGGUGGUGCUUCACCACACAUUUAAUCCAGAGCUUAUUGUACCAGACAGCAGCAGAUCUGUAAAGAGACAGAACACAAUCAUAGUCGACUGUCUGUUCCAUGAAGAUCAGGGAUUACUGAGGUGUAGUAAAAACAAUGAAGCACUGUCCAAAGUAACAAACUGGCUGCAUCCUGAGGCAUUACCAAUGAUAAGUAAAGGAAUUAUGUCUAAUAAAGGAAGUGGCAAGGCCGCUCGACUGGUUCAAAGACAAAAAAAUAAAACAAGAUGAGUGAUGGAUCCAGAGAAGGCCACGUCAUGCCUGGGCCAUCUUCCAGACGCUGAAGACCUCGGUUUCUUCUCAAGAUCUUUCGGAGAAGAACUGACCAACGUACUACCCAUACACAUAACAAAUAAAUCACCAUUAUGUUUAGAACUCGUAAGACUUAAUUAUGUAAAACUGACUAACCUGCGUUAUGAUUUACAUUUACAUUUAUAUAAUGAUCUACACUUACUCCAUGUGUACUGUUUAUUGGUGGCUCUCUCUGUUCUUCCUGCAAUGUAUGACAAUGUAUUGUACUUUAUGAUAAAUAUAAAUAAUAAAUGAAAUAUAUAAUAAUAAUAUUAAUAAUAAUAAUAAUAAUAAUAAUAAUAAGCAGAGUGUUAUGAUUUAAUGCAAUAGCAUAUCAAGGCAGUGGUGGCUCAAGUGGUUAAGGCUCUGGGUCGUUGACCAGAAGAUCAGGGGUUCAAGCCCCAGCACUGCCAAGUUGCCACUGUUGGGCCCUUGAGCAAGGCCCUUAACCCUCUCUGCUCCAGGGGCGCUGUAUCAUGGCUGACCCUGCACUCUGACCCCAACCUCCAAGGAUGGGAUAUGUGAUGAAAGAAUUUCACUGUGCUGUAAUGUAUAUGUGACAAAUAAAGGCUGUUUCAUUUCAUUAGGUAAAAUGAAUAUUACAUGAAUGAAACACUAGGGGGCAUACUGCUAUAUUAAUGACAAGUCAUAUGAUGCAGUGUGACGGGAAACAGAGUUACUGUUAGUAUCACUCUAUUUUCUUACAACAGCACAUCUUGAAGUGUUUUUCUUCUCCUAUACCACAGCACCUGGUCAUCACUAACAAUUUUUUACUAAUGAAUCAAUAACGUUCUAAUUAUUGCCUGUUAUUCUGUGAAAAACAAAAAAUGUUCUUAAAGCAGCUUAUAGCAGCUAGAAAAUUUUUUUUUGUCUCUUAAAAACACAAACUAAAAAAAAAACAAGUCCUCAAGAAGUUCCCAUGUUGGAAAACUUAAAAAAGGUCAACUUACAGAAAAUUAAAUCGAAACCAUUUCAGACCAGUGCAAAUUCCAAUGACCUGUAUGUUUUAAAUGAUUAAUUAUUAAACAGACACAUGUAUUGUUUGCAGAGAGUAUUUAUUUGUUUGUUGGUGAAAAAAGUAAUGCAUGCAUUAUUCUUACACAAUCAAAUUAAAUUCGUGUUUGACCAGACAGUCACUGACCCCCAUGUCCUCUUGUGAUCACCGGUUCUCCUCCAUUCAGUAAAAUGUUUUCUUCUGUGAAUUACUAUGAUUCUGUGAAUGAGCACUACAUGACAGUGACUGUCCCCAAUAAGUAGAGACCGCGGUGAAGUUAGCUUGAUAUUCAGACAUUAGACAGCACAAGCUGCACUGCCAAGGUGAUCAGCUUAGGGGGCCCUUCCCUAUUGCAUCGUGAAGGUUUUCCCUCAGAGCCAUUCUGUUAUGGCUCACUCGAGGUCAAUGAAGAGACCUCUUUAUUGGAAGUCCUUAAAGUUUUUGUUUUGUUGAUGGUUCUUUGUUGUUUCAAUUGGGUCCGGAGUGUUCAACUGCUGUUCACUGCAGUAAUGGGGAAGGUUUGCUCAUUUUCUAAAUU